GUGGUACUUCCUCGUUUGUUUUCUGAGCGGAACCGAAACCAGACGCCCAAUUUCAGGAUGCAUCUAUCCAGGGUUGGAAUUUACAUGAAGAGGAGAAAGCGGGGCUGCUCUCAAGCCUGAACACUUUUUGUCUUCCUCCAUCUGGCCGUCACCCUCUCUGCCUCUUCAGAUUGGGGCUCAUCCCCUCUCCCCUUCGCCAACAUGCUCUGUUGGGGGAAUGCAAAGGAUGGACAGUUGGGUAUUGGUAUAGAGAGGAACCCCAUAUUUGAGCCAAGGAACUGUCAGAUAUUCAGCGGCAGGGGACUCAAAGAAGUAGUCUGUGGAGGGCAACACUCGAUGUUCCUGCUGCAUGAUGGGAGUGUGUACACAUGUGGUUCUAACAGCUGCGGACAGCUGGGCCACGACAAACCAGGGACUUCCCCAGAGCUUGUUGGAGCUCUGGACACUCAGACAAUAACAAUGGUGUCGUGUGGUCGGGCCCAUUCAAUGGCGGUGAAUGAGCAGGGUCAAGUGUUUGCGUGGGGAGCUGGUGAAGGGGGCCAGCUCGGCCUAGGGACUGCAGAGGCGGCUGUUCGGAUCCCAAGGUUGGUCAAAAGGCUGUGUGACCACCGGAUCUCUCAAAUAAUGUGUGGGAAUCAGCACUGCAUCGCACUUUCUAGAGACGGUCAGCUGUUCACAUGGGGCCAAAACACCAGCGGGCAGCUCGGUCUCGGGAAAGGAGAGCCCAGCAAGCUGUUCCCUCACCCCCUCAAGUCUCUGGCUGGUAUUCCUUUGGCACAGAUAACCGCUGGGGGAGACCACAGCUUCGCUCUCUCCUUGUCUGGAGCUGUAUUUGGUUGGGGCAAGAACAGAGCUGGACAACUGGGUCUCAAUGAUAAACAAGAUCGUGCUGUCCCAUGCCACAUAAAAUUCUUGAGAUCUCAAAAAGUUGUUCACAUCAGCUGUGGAGACGAACAUACGGCAGCCCUCACAAAGGAUGGUGGUUUGUUUACAUUUGGUGAAGGCUCGUGGGGUCAGCUGGGCCAUGGCUCCACCAAUAAUGAACUUUUACCCAGAAGAGUGCUGGAGCUCAUGGGCACUGAGGUGUCCCAGAUCACCUGUGGGAGGCACCACACGUUGGCAUUUGUGCCUUCCACUGGUGUGGUGUAUGCAUUUGGUUGUAACAGCCAUGGCCAGCUGGGCUCAGGAAUAAUGGGGGAUGCUAGGAGCCCAUAUCCAGUCAAAGCCAGUUUCUUUACUGGGAAUUUCCAUCGAACAGAAUCAAAACAAUAUACAGUGACCAAAAUCAUCUGCGGAGGAGACCAUAGCUUCUUAAUGUAUUCUAAUGAACAGAGUUCUGUCCCCCCAGAAGACUUCAGAGUAAUUAAUAUCAGUAAAUCACUCUCCCCAAUCAAUUAUGAAAGAUUAAAUUCAUGGAGGUUAAAGCUGAUGUACAGCACAGACUCCAGUGUCACAAAUGACAUCAUAAUUCAACUCUCCUCUACGGCUUGUUGGAAUGCCAGCUUCUUGGACCAAAGCGAUGAUACCCACUUCAAAACCAACCCAAAGAUCCCGGGCAUCGAUCUCAACUCUGUCAGAACGCUGUUUGAGACGCUCAGCAAACCGGCCUUCUCUGGACUCCUCGAGCAGGCCACCAAGAGUUUUGAGAGUCUGUUGAUCCCUCAGCUGCCGCGCUCCCCUCCUGAUGUCGAGGCCAUGAGGAUCUACCUCAUCUUGUCCGAGUACCCGGCCCUGAUGGACUCCAAGAACUACAUCCGCCUCACUAUCCCCCUGGCCAUGGCCAUUCUGCGGCUAGACACCAACCCCAGCAAAGUAUUGGAUAACUGGUGGUGUUUUGUGGAUGGCAGCGUGUUCACCAGAAUGGUGGACAUGUACAAGAGCAUUGUUGUGUUCAUGCUGACAGGAGGCAAGACAUUGCUGGUACCGGUGUUCUACCAGAACUAUUUUAUCGCCACACUGAGGCUGCUGGAGAAACUCCACAAGGUAAACUUAAAGGCCCACCAUGUGGAGUACAACCGCUUUUAUAUCCCUGACAUCACCAGCCUGGUGGACAUCCAGGAAGACUACCUCAAAUGGUUUCUGAGUAAAGCUGACAUUAAAGUGGGAUCAUCCUCCCCUUCACAGAGUGACUUUCCCUCAGUGAACCUAUGUGCCUACCCGUUCAUUCUGAACGCUCAAGCCAAGACAACCAUGCUGCAAACAGAUGCUGAACUGCAAAUGCAGAUGGCAGUAAGCGGUGCAAACCUACACAACGUCUUCAUGCUGCUUACGCUGGAACCCCACCUCGCUAGGAACCCUUACUUGGUGCUCCAUGUGCGCAGGAACCAUUUAGUAAGUGACACACUACGUGAGCUCACCAUGUACUCUGAUGUGGACCUCAAGAAACCGCUCAAGGUGAUCUUUGAUGGUGAGGAGGCCGUGGAUGCAGGUGGAGUAACUAAAGAGUUCUUCCUGCUGCUGUUAAAGGAGCUGAUGGAUCCUGUUUAUGGGAUGUUCACUCAUUACAAAGAGUCCAACCUGCUGUGGUUCUCAGACAAAUGUUUUGUUGAGCAGAACUGGUUUCACCUGAUCGGGAUCAUCUGUGGUCUGGCCAUCUACAACUCCACAGUGGUGGAUCUCCACUUUCCCCUGGUUCUCUACAAGAAAUUGCUCGAUGUGCCGCCGACGCUGGAGGACUUCAAGGAGCUCUCACCCACCGAGGCUAGGAGUCUACAACAACUUCUAGACUAUGAAGGAGAUGAUUUGGAGGAGACAUUUCUUCUCAACUUUGCCAUCACCAGAGAGAACUAUGGGAUGACAGAAGUAAAAGAGCUCGUUCCUGGAGGAGAGAACAUCAGUGUGGACAAAAACAACAGGAAGGAGUUUGUGGAGGCCUACCUGCGCUACGUGUUCUCAGACUCGGUGAGCGAGCAGUACUCAGCCUUCUCCUCUGGCUUCCUGAAGGUGUGCGGGGGAGAGAUCCUGUCACUGUUUCAGCCAUCUGAGCUGAUGGCCAUGGUGGUCGGCAACAACAACUACAACUGGGAGGAGAUGGAGAAGAAUGCUGUUUACAAAGGGGAAUAUACAGCCACUCAUCCAACAGUCAGAUUGUUCUGGGAGGUUUUCCACGAGUUUUCUCUGGAGAAGAAGAAGCAGUUCUUAUUGUUCCUGACCGGCAGCGACCGUAUCCCCAUCCAUGGCAUGGAGAGCCUGCGCAUCGUUAUCCAGUCAACCACAGCGGAGGAGCACUACUUGCCGGUGGCCCACACCUGCUACAACCUGCUGGACAUGCCCCGCUACCAGACCAAAGAGAUCCUGCGCCGCCGUCUCACUCGGGCUGUGGAGCAGUAUGAGGGUUUCAGCCUGGUCUGAUGGGAGGGGGGUUCCUGCAGCAGCUUUAAUGCACUUUAACAGCAAUACGACCACCUUGUCAGUGUCAAAAGAGUGUAGUGGGGGACUUUGGGACACAGAAAGGUCACUCUCUUUAUAUGCUCUCACAAGAUUGUUAAGCAUCUUGAAUCUGAAAGGUCUAUCUAUGUAAAUCAGAGUAUCAUGUUUUCAUUGCUUUGGGUGCAGUUUCUCAGUGUUUUAGGACCAUUUGAAAGACAUGAUGUAUGGAUAUUUAUUUUAAAUGUAUGACAGUCCUGAAAUAAAAAUUACAUACCUAAAUUUACAUGACAACCUGGGAUCAUGAAAAUUAGGUGACCAAAAAUCCAGAUGAGGCUGAGAAACUCUGACUGUUUGCUUAGUUUUAUUUUUGUCUUUUUUUUUUUUUGGUGUGUAUUUUAUAUUCAACUCCUUAAAUUCUAUUUUCACCCUUAAAGAAUUCUGUUAUUAUCUUGAGACAAUAUAUUGUUUUUUGUUACUUUUACUUAAUUAAAUAGAGUGGUUAUUUUUUGAGAAAAUAUAAAAUCUGUAUAUAUGUAUGUAAAUAGCACUUUGAAUAUAAUCUUUACCCUUGACAUUGGGAGGAGUGUUUGUCCCGCUGAUCCUUUUAAAUCUGGACACCAGCAUGUCCUCUCUGCCUAAAAUUAAAGAGGGACAAUGGGAGAGUAUUCAGCAGGCAGAAAGGAGCGAGGUGAAACAUGGUGAAUAUAAUUUGCAAUCUCUCUUUCCUUUUUUAGCUGUGGACUACAGAGCAGCUGACUUGAACCUGCAUUCAACAGUGUUGCCUUCUACAGCAAAACGUGAAAAGCUGACUUUAAAAGUUGAUUUUUAGUGGUAAUGUGUGCAUGUUCUUGGGUGAAAGCAAAAAAACUGGCAUUUAUAAAGUGUGACAUUUAUGGAAAUACAGACAAUAGCUUCCUGGUGAAGAUUUCGAUGAGAAGAUUUUUCAUGGUUGUCCGUGAAUUAUAAGGUGGCUACUAGCAGCCGCUUAGCUUAGCUCAGUUUAGCUUACCUUAGCACAAAGCCUGGACAGGGGACGAACCGGCUUUUCUGUCUCUGUCCAACGGUAACAAAACCCGCUACUACCACAACUAAAGCUCACUAACUAACACGUUACAUCUCAUUUGUUUAUGUGUACAAAAAACCACAGAGUAAAAACAAUGACUCGACGACAUUUGCGUAUCGGACUGUUUCUUGGCUGCGACCGGUGUUCCGUCGUUUUCUGUGACCCAUUAGAUGAUGUGACAGCAUUUAGAAUAGGCCACAAAUAACGUUAGCCUGGUCACAGGAUAGGAUGGGUAACAGAAUACAGUGUAACACCACUUAAGAAGAGCGUUCUGGAGUUUCCUGUUAGCUUGACAGCUGCUCAGCGCAAAAGUAACGUCAUAUAACUGGCGCAUAAUUUAGCAUAACAUGUAAAAUAGUCGUUUUUACACGAUUUUUUACGUACAGAUUUGAUAAAUGGGUUAAUUUGUGAACGUAUUAUGCUGAUAUUCUCGAUUUUUAUAACGGCCGAAUAAAGUUAAACAAGUUAUUUCCGUUCUUUCUUGCUAACCUAAACAAAGCUAAGCUAACCGUUUGCUGGCUGUAGCUUCACAUUUAAUGAAGCUAAGCCAACUGCCAACCAGAGAGCCAGUGAGUGCAUGUCCAAAAAAUGUCCUUUAACACAAAAUAUAUAAUCAUUAAAAUUAAUAAUUGUAAUUAGUUUGUUUCCAAGUUGCAGAUAAGUAAAUUCUGACUGUAAAUUAUUUCUGAGGGGAUAACACAAUAUUUAAUAGUCUGGGCAGAUGACUUAUAUUUAAUACGCUACUCAGUUUGUUCCAAAUCUUGCCCUGAAACUGUAUUUAUUCCUACAGUUAAACCUCUUAAUCCAAAUGUUUAAUUAGAUUGUGCAUUGGCGUGAAGUGUGUGAAAUGGUCUUGCAUAUCUACAUAUAUAUUUUUUAUAUAUUUCAUACAUGGAGGUGGAGUCACAGUGACUUGAGACAGUAAAUGACUUGAGUGUCCUAACAGGUCAGUCUGACACAUCCAUUUAGCAAUAACAACCUGAAACAGCCCAGUAAAGUAGUGAUAACUCUGGGUUGGACAUCUAAAGGUCUUUAAACAGUGGACUCCUCUGAGAUGAUCUCUUGGGACAGUUCAUCCUCUUGCUUAGCUCUAUACUGCAUGUACACACAUGUCCAACAUGUUCAGUCAGUAUUUGUCUAAUUGAAGCUCAUUUCUCCUGCAGAGUUUAGUCCUAUGCAAAGGUUUGUGCAGCCCUUGACUUUUUUGCACCUUUAAUGUGCUACAGAAAAAUGUGAUUUUGCAUAUUUGUCUGAAAUCUUCACAAAGCUCUCUGUUCCAGCCAACUUUUUAAUAAAACAAUAUAGUGUUUCAUGA